GUUUGUUUUCUGCAAGCACCAUCACAGCACCUUUUUUGAAUUGCACGGGUCCUUUGACUCGUUCAAUUUAGAACUCUACCCUCCUCGAAUUCACUGCUGUGUUUUCUCAUCUAGCUUCUCACUCUGAUUACAUUUUGGCUUUGACUUGGCAGCCACCCAAUCAUGUCAACACCACUUUCACCUUUAACGACCUCCCGACAGAACUCACGAGCCCUCUCCUCCGAGUACGACGGCGUCAUAGAAACCCCUCUGCUGAGUCCCAGGAAGUUGGUCGGUGACGGGCGUAGGGAUUCAAGCUUUGGUUAUGACGCUACAGAAUACGAAACACAAGGCCCGGAGAUUUACAAUGAAGACGCAGAAUCAUAUCAAGAGACGCCAAGUUCACCCUUCCGGUACGAUGGAAGAGACGACACUGUCGACCAGAAAAUGCUCCGUCUCCGUCAGGCUUCGUUGGGAAUGAGUGAGCGCUCUGCGACCCCGAGAAAGCGGUCGUAUGAGCAGGUGCCUGAUUUCCAUGACUUGGAGGAAGAGAUUGAUGAUCGGUACAAGAAAGGAAUGGGUCGACGAGAUGUUCCGGACAUUCAUGUCUUUGCGGACGAGGACUCGGAGUUCAGCCAGUAUAAUCGAAGCGUUGGUGCGCGCAGCAUGGUGGAGGAACAAAACAACGAAGGCAUGAGCACGGUUCUUCGCGAAAGUAAUGAGGAGGCUACUUCGGGUAGCAAGGAGAAUCUAGAUUCUCAUGACGACGCAGACGAUGAUAUGAUUGAUUACUCUCACGAUCUAAUGGAUGACACCUGUCUUAGCACUUUUUCGGCCGUUCCAAAUGUGGAUAUGACUGCCUUUGCGAACCUGCAUGGAGAAUCACCGCUUAAAAGUCCUCGGCCGCUGCCCAGCUGUCCGGGUAGGGACGACGACGACGACACCCAGCGCCAGGAUCUCGAGGCAGGAACUCCCAUUACAGCUAAACGGUCGCCGAGGAAAAACGCCCUCAUUGAUAUGAGUUCUCCUAUUUCGCCUAUUCCACGGAAGAGGGACUUUGGAGAUCAUGAGGACACACGAGAAGCUUCCAACCUGCUAGACUUUACGGACCAGUCCAACUUUUUCCCCCGUCGUCAACGUUACAGCCUUCAACCAAACGAAAGGUAUUCUCCGUCACGUCGAUCCCCUUUGAGAAAUCUUCGAGAGUCGAUCAGAUCACCGGCGAAAGUUUCCCUGUUGGAUUUUGAUAUUCCCAGUGCCCCUACGCCUCGAUCGAUUCCGACAAUCACACCCCGAGAGCUUGAGUCCUUGAAAUCUGGCUUUCUCUCUGAGAUCUCCUCCCUCAAAGCAACCCUUAGCGGAAAAGAAGCCGAGGUCUCUAGCCUCAAGCAAGCCGUCGCAGACGCGGAACGUCGUGUUGGAGAGGCGCUAGAGGAAGUUCGCAAUGAGGCUUCCCGUAAGGAAGCCCUUGAGAUUGACCAAGCGGAAUGGCAGCGUCGAGGUCGGGAAAUGGAAGAAGUUCUGCGCUCUGUCAAAGCCGAUAUUUUCGAGGGUGAGCGGGAGAGAGAGCGGUUAACAAAGAAGAUUGAGGAAUCAGACCGGGGCAAGGAACAACUAGAGGGCCGAAUUGUCGAGCUCGAGACCCAACUGACUGCGGCUCGUAAAUCGGCGGCUGGUGAGCAUGGACCGUCUGGAAACGCUCCUCCUACUAAGACCGCGGAAGAAACAGCGAAUGAAGUCCAGGAUGCAGUCGAGAAGGUUGCCCGUGAGCUUCACACGCUGUAUAAAAACAAACAUGAGACCAAAGUUGCGGCUUUGAAGAAGAGCUACGAAGCUCGCUGGGAAAAACGUGUAAGGGAGGCUGAGAAUAAGGCGAAAGCUGCCAACGAGGAAAACGAACGUUUACGCUCUGAGCGGGAUAGUGUUAUGGAAAAUGCUCGCCCUGACUCUAGUAUGAUUGUGCACGAAAAGGAGGAGCAUGAGGCUGAGAAGCGAGUGCUAGAGGCACAAAUCAAAGGUCUACAACAGGAGAUGGUAGCUCUUAAGAAAGACAGUGAGCAGCUGCGCGCUGAGUUGAAGGUCGAGCGAGCAGAAAAGGGUGAGCUUGUCGCGGCUGUGGAUGAAUGGUUGGCUAUACAGCAGAAUCCGCCCCAGCAACAGCAACCCAGCAACUUUUCAUCGCCAAAAUCCCAAACACCCGAGCCCCUUCCUCAAGAUAUCGAGCUCCUUGCCGACGAAGAGCCUGAACAAGACAUCAUCCGCAGCAAUCCACCGAUCACCCGAGGUCCGAGUUCGAGUUCGAGCGCUAGCAAUGGCGAGCGGCGGAUCCCCAAGAUUCCCGCUCCAGCGGUCCGACAUGCGCGCGGAAACAGCGGUAGCAGGUCCGGGAUAGCUGUCUUCACUCCUGGACGAAGCGGUAUUAUGGGUUCUAUUGAACGGAUGGGCCGGGGCGUCUAAGACAUGAGCUAUGUUUUGUUUUGUUUUGUGUUGUUUUUAUUCCAUGCUACGUUUUUAUGACCGGAUAUCGUCAAGGGUGUUUUAGCACAGAUUGCUGUCGUUUUAAGAUAUCCUCCUCGCAUUCAAUUCAAGAUUAUGCCAGCUUGCUCGUAACGUUGUUUCUCUGCUGAUUCAAGGAAGUAUAUAUAUACAUAUAUCUUCCUGAUACGAUGUCUGUACUGAGAAACGCGUGCUUUAGUUUGUAAGCUCUCAAGUAUAGAUAUAAAUAUCUGGAUUAUUCCAUGGUCUAUCCUAUACUAUAGAGUAUCAAGUACCAACCACGUCACUUACUAGGUACCUAAGCUAGGUUACUCUAGUCUCUAAACUACAUACAUGCCAUUGUCUGCCUCAGAUC